AGAUCGUUUGAAGUAGUCCCUAAACAUAGAAACAAAACAAGUUAGAAGACAAGCUUCUAGAAACAUCUCGUGUAUAACAAUAAAACCCCCUAAUCCUGUCUAGGGUUUUGUUAUCCUUUCCGUUUUCACUCUUCAGUCACAGCACCACAUCAUCUCUUCACUCAAGCUUUAAGAAAUGGCAGCCGCUCAAUUGACAUCGACAUGUUUUCUUCCGUCAUUUGAUGGUUUGAGGUCUUCAACAUCCAAAGCUUCAUCUGUUGUGGUGUCUAUGCCUUUUAGAAGUUUGACACUUAGGUCGACCCGUGGGUUAGUGGUCAAAGCUGCAACCACUGUUGCUCCAAAGUACACUUCGUUGAAACCAUUGGGUGAUAGAGUUCUUGUAAAAAUCAAGGCUGCAGAGGAGAAAACUGUAGGUGGCAUACUACUGCCAUCAACGGCACAAACGAAACCUCAAGGUGGUGAGGUUGUUGCUGUUGGCGAAGGUAGGACGAUUGGAGACAAGAAGGUGGACAUUGGUUUGCAGACUGGUACCCCAGUUGUAUAUUCCAAGUAUGCAGGGACCGAGGUUGAGUUUAACGGCUUAAGCCACCUUAUACUGAAGGAGGAUGACAUUGUUGGUAUCCUUGAAACCGAAGAUGUUAAGGAUUUAAAGCCUCUUAAUGAUAGAGUUCUUAUCAAGGUUGAGGAAGCCGAGGAAACAACUGCUGGUGGAUUAUUGCUUACACAAGCAACCAAGGAGAAACCCUCGUUUGGCACGGUGAUUGCAGUUGGGCCGGGCCUUUUGAAUGAAGAAGGAAACAGAACAGGAGUGCCAUUGUCUCCAGGAAACACUGUUCUUUACUCAAAAUACGCAGGGAACGAUUUCAAAGGAGCCGAUGGUUCAGACUACAUUGCUCUUCGUGCUUCCGAUGUCAUGGCUAUUCUUUCUUAGUUGGUAGUCUGAUGAUUAAUUUUUAUGCUUGUUUUGGUAAAAGGAUAACAUAGCAUUGCAGUGUUGUACUCGCGUCUUCAAAGACCGACAUUUUUUCUAUAAAAGGUUCUGGAUUAUGCUACCUUUAUCAUUUUUGCUUCA